UGUGCCCUAAAAAGGUGGCGCAACGGUCAGUAAAAAGUCUAGUGUCCGGUGAAGUAAAAAGUGGCCAAUUGUUGGCAAUAAUGGGCGCCAGUGGCGCCGGAAAGACAACGCUAUUGAAUGUAUUGACGGCCAGAAACCUAUCGAAACUGUCGGUGAAAGGAGUGGUGCUAUUGAAUGGACAGGCGGUCAGUGGCGAGAAUAUGGUCUCCAAGUCGUCAUACAUAGAACAACACGAUUUGUUUCAUUCCUUGCUUACAGUCAGAGAACAUCUCGUUUUUCAAUCAUUGUUACGAAUGGAUACGAGUUUCACUCGAGACCAAAAAAGCGCUUUAGUGGACCAAUUGCUCAUAAAAUUUAAUUUAAGCAAAUGUAUGGACACUCAAAUUGGGGGCGAUUUUGAGUUUAAAGGCAUUUCUGGGGGAGAAAUGAAGAGAUUGUCGUUUGCAUCAGAGAUUCUAUCAAAUCCUUCAUUAUUUGAUGAGCCGACGACUGGUUUGGACUCAUUUAUGGCCCAAAAUAUUGUGCAGACAUUGAAGACAAUGGCAUCGGAGGGACGGACUAUAGUCUGUACUAUACAUCAGCCCUCGUCUCAACCCUCGUCUCAAGUGUUCGCUCUCUUCGAUCACAUCUUACUUAUGGCCGACGGAAGGGUAGCUUUUAUGGGCACAACUGAGACAGCAAAACACUUUUUCUCUUCACUCGGUUUUGUUUGUCCGAAAAACUGCAAUUUAAGUGAUUAUUAUAUUAAAGAAUUGGGUUAUGGCUCGAGCAUUACUUCUAAUAAUUAUGAGGAGAACAGGAUUAAAGUUAUAUCAAGAAUGGAAACUCCCAUUAUAAACCAU